AUGUUCGAGAGAGAUGUGCUUGCACGCCCAAGCUCUGGCUUUCCAUCUGCUGUGAAGGGCUGGGUAUCAGCGGGUAGGUUGUGCAGUGGCAGAGAGCUGACUCCUGACAUCGCAUGGCUGGCAGAGCAGGUGACCCUGGCCUCUGGCAAGGAGGCCAGAGAGAUGCUGAAGAGGACACGCGCUGUUGUGUGCAUGCUUGGUCAGGUGGAAGUCACAGCAGCAGCAGGGGACAAGGUCGCUGACCUCAGGCAACAGAUCGCAGAAAAACUGGACCAGCACCCAAGGUGCGUUGAAUUGAAUCACGCUGGGGGCGUGCUUGCAGAUGAGCAGAUCGUACCAGACUCUCAAAUCACUGUGGUUCUCGUGCGGUUGCCGUGGAUUGGUGCCGACCCGGACCAAGUAAAAGACCUCGAUGGUGGUGAAUUUGUCAUCGAAGCAGACGUAAGGAAGGGCAGCAAAAUCAAUGCUUUGUGCGAGGUGGGCUUCAGCAGUGGCACCGAGUACUUUGAAGUUGAGGUCCUUGAGGGUUCGGGUGCUUUCAUCGGGGUCACCACCAGGAAUGGCUUUCUGGGAGGUUACAAGAUCAAGGGCCUCUUCUUCGGUGGGCCGGGCAACCUGAGCGACGGCAGCGGCGGCUUGCGGACGCAGUUUGGCGAACAGGUGAAGGCAGGUUCCGUCAUUGGUGUGGCCUUGGACCUGACGGAUGAGUCGACCGUCUCGGUGACCUUCUGGGAAGGAGAUGUUUGCCUCGGAGAAGCUUUCAGAGGAUGUCCGCGCCAGCCAGGAGCCAUGGUGUUCCCAGCUGUGUGUGCAAACAAGGUCCAGGAUCGUUUCAAGCUGUCUUUGCGGCGGAAUCCACGCAAGCAGACACUCAAGACACCCCAUCCAGCAAUUGGAUGUUGGGAUUUGCAGCGGUUGGUCGUUGCAGGUGAGACUGUGAGCUUGGAUGCCGCCUUGGCAGUGAAAGGAAAGGGCAAGGGCAGGGGCUAUGCAGUGGAUGCAGAAGCACCACCUGAAAUGGGCAAUAUCAUCAUGAAUUUGACAGAAAAGCCAGGCACGCCACUCUUCCGACUUUCGCUAAAGUUGGGCAACACCCUGAUGACGAGCGUGCAAACUAACAGCGGUCCGAUCGGUGCCGAAGAGAUCCAGCUGGGCAUGGUCGCGGGAACCAUGGUCAUGGCACCGCCCCCACUAAUGGACUUGGAGCAAACCUUUUCCAAGGCCCUGCCGUUGAUCACCAGCUGGAAAGUCACCACGGACAGCCUGCAAAUGCGUGGUGGAGAUGUUGAAAUCGACUUCCGUCACUACGAUGCCCCUCCUGAGGAACCAGUUUCCAGUGUUACGCUUCCAUAA